CUAUUUAUAAGUUAUACAAUAAGUAACAAGUUCUUCCCAACUUUCCCAUCCCACCAUAAACCAAUUUCUUUGAUUCAUCUCUUAAUUAAUUAGGCAUUUCCUUAAUUCAAUCCCUUGCAACCAUCAUGGCUGAGGAGAAGCACCACCACCACCUUUUCCACCAUGAAGAUAAGUCUCAAGACAGUGGCUUUAUUGAUGAGGUUGACUAUAGAAAUGAAGAGAAGCAUCACAAGCAUCUUGAGCACCAUGGUGAGCUUGGAGCUGCGGCUGCUGGUGCUUUUGCCUUGCAUGAGAAGCAUGAGGCCAAGAAAUACCCAGAACGUGCUACCAAGCACAAGAUAGAGGAGGAUAUCGCGGAGACGGCUGCCGUGGGAUCGGGUGGUUUUGCAUUCCAUGAACACCAUGACAAAAAAGAAGCUAAGAAAGAAGAUGAAGAAGCUCAUGGAAAGAAGCACCACCAUCUCUUUGGUUGAACAUAUUAUAAAUAUAUCAAGCUCAUAAGAUCACCCAUAAAUUUGAGAUGCAUGGAGGGUCUAAAUAAAGUUUGAACUUUUGAGAGUGUUUAAUUCUCUCUAGUUGUUUUAUAUAUUUCCAUAUAAAAUGUGUAUUGUGUUUGACAUAGUUAUGCUUUGUAAUCAGAAUCCUAUCUCUUAGUAAUGCUUUGUAUGUCCAAUCUCUUCUAUAUAAAAGGUUAAAUUAUACUUCGAUUA